AUGCGUUUCAUGAUCCGAGUGGGAGAUGAGGUGUUUGACCGUGAUGCUCAGCUUGUCCGGGAGCUGGACCCAGGGAAGCUGGAGCAGAUUUGCUGUGGGGAGGAAGAGGUGAGUACAAAAUGCCGUGGCCUGUGGUGGGAAUGUGUCACAAAUGUUUUUGACGGGAUCCAAACUUGUGAUGAGUAUGACUCCAUCUACGCCGAGCACCCUGUGAAGCUGGUGCUGACCCGUGCCAUGAUGAUCACAGCAGAUAUCCUGGCAGGAUUUGGCUUUCUCUUCCUCGUCCUGGGACUGGACUGUGUGAAAUUCCUUCCCGAUGAGCCACUCAUCAAGCUGCGCAUCUGCCUGGUGUCUGGAGUCACGCUGCUCAUCGCAGGUCUCCCAGGCAUCACCGGCUCGGUGUGGUACGCUGUCGAUGUCUACGUGGAGCGCUCCACUCUGGUCUUCCACAACGUGUUUCUGGGCAUCCAGUACAAGUUUGGCUGGUCAUGCUGGCUCGGCAUGGCGGGGUCGCUUGGCUGUUUCUUAUCCGGGGCCCUGCUCACCUGCUGCAUGUAUCUUUUCAGAGAGACCAGCUCUGGAAGACUCCACUCUGCUUACUCCUUGAGGAAAGGCUAUUCCUCAGCUGGGACAAUCGUAACAAACAUGCAUUUGCCAUCCUCACAAACCGCUACUGCCAAAAUGUAUGCAGUGGACACCAGAGUGUGA